UCUAAGAAAUAAUUAAACUAAUUUUACGUCCAAUAGUUUAAUUUUCCAGGCAAGUCGAUAAAAAUAACGCUUUAUAGAAAUAUCAAAAGGAGAGUAGACACCAUCAUAUUAUACUUCUAUUUUUAGGCACUAUUUUUUAUAAACAGUCUAAUACAAAAAAUUAAAUUUUUCCCCGGAUGUUGAUUUAUUUAAAAAAACAACAACAUAUAGUAGCUAGUACCAAGGAAAAAAUAUUUGUUCCAAAAUAAUUGACUUGUAACAUUUUCUUCUAAAUCAGAAAUUCAGUUCAUAACUUCUUGUCUUUUCAAGGUAUUGCACAUCUUAACAAAGCAGUAUUAUACAUAAUUAAGUUAGCAAUUAUACGAUCAAAACGAGUUAAUUACGUAUCGCGUACAGUUUUCACAAGACAUAAUGUUUUGAUUAGUGGUUGUGUCAAUCGAUCCGAGCUGAACGUUUUAAUUCUUAAACUUCUUAUAAACACAACUCGUUUGCGAAAUGGCGAGAAAAAUAUGGAAAUGUGAUCAAGACGUACGAAAGAGGGUGCCAGGUGCCAGGAAGCAGUCGUCAAAUAAAUGCGCUGGAUGUCAAAAACGAAUCAGAAGCCGGUUUCUUGUACAAGCGCUUGAUAAAAUCUGGCAUGAACGAUGUCUUACGUGCGAUGUCUGUAACGAAAUAUUGUACAGUUUUGGUGAAAAUAAGCUGUACUAUAGACAGGAGAUAAAACUUUGCAAACUGGAUUAUAUGAGGCUCUUUGUGCCUGGUGGGCAAUGUUCUAUUUGUGAAAAUCCAAUCCCAUCGACUGAGAAGGUAAUCAAGUACAAAAACAAUAUAAACUACCACGUGUCUUGUUUCAAUUGUGGUAUCUGCAAAUACAAAUUUGCUGCAGGAGAUAUUGCCCACAUACCCAAGCCGAACAUAAUACUCUGCACUGAUCACCAGGUUGAAGACGUACAAAAAUUAGAAAGUGUUUUAAAGGAAAAACAAACAAGUAAAAUAAGGCCAAUAACAACCACAAGCGACCUAACAACACAACAUACGACAACUGCUGUCGGGAAAAAUGUAGAUAUGAUGCAAAUUUCUGUACAUAAGGAACGACAUUAGUUAAAAAAGAUUACUUCAACCGAUUUUAAUGGUAAAUGUUCGGAGAAGAAACACAGCUCAACAUUUUAAGUAACGAAAGCUCUAGAAGUACACAAGUUACCAGAAAAAAAUCUAUUUUAAAAGAUGCAUUGCAAAAAGUUGUAAGGGAAGCUAUAUAUUUUGGUCAUGGUUUUGUAUUUACAUUGCUUGUAAUGUACUUUUCACCGUGACACCACCACAUGAAAAAGUAUGCUAAAAAUGUCGACUCGGAA